UGGCAGAACACCCUAGCUGGGCUCGGAUAGCUCGUCGCUUCCACGUGGUGAAACAUCUCAGGGACCCGAGCUGGGAUGGAGCCUAGAGGGGACCCCCGAGCGGGAUUAGCCCGCAAAACGUGACCAGGGAAGUUGUCCUGAACAGAAGAUGUGGCAAGUUCUGACAUGGCAUAUCCCCGACAGGAGAUUUGACACUUCUGGAGGAUAAUUAGAGGUUUUUGCGGCGGAAUCUGGAGCCCAGAUACAAGUCGCCGGGACCCCCUGUUACGACGAGAUAGGUGUAAGAAAACUAUCUCCAAGUCCUGACUCCAUCAAGUUGUGGGGAACUUAUCCCUACUUCGGUUCAGAUCGCCCUUUGCUGCACAAGAGCAAGGGCACGCACACCUUGAGUAGCCCCGGGUCUCCAAGGGCGACAGGCCUGGGGGGACAAGAUCCACCCGGGAACGCGCGGGGGUGCUCGCGAGGCGCGGCUCAGGCCUGGGCUGUCCCGUCGCCAGGUCCCGCCCUGGGGUGAUAAGUUGGGCUCCUCCUCCUUGGUCGUCUCCGGGAACUAAGCCCAGGCCCUGCCUCCGGGACACUCCGACGCUCACGUAGAUCAGGAGCAGCAGUCACUCCUGCCACCACUCACAGGCUCUCCCAUGAGGCCAGCCAGCAGGGGCCCGGGCUGCGGCGCGGCGGGACAGAACUCCAGCCUGCUCGUCUAGCCCCGUGAUGGCCGUGGACAUACAGUGCGGCUACAGCAGCAUGGCCCCUUCUCUGCGCAGGGAGCGCUUCACCUUCAAGAUCUCCCCAAAGCUGAGCAAGCCGCUGAGACCUUGUAUUCAGCGCGGUGGCGGCGGCGGGGAUGAAGCCAGCGGGAUGGUGGCCCCCACGGUGCAGGAGAAGAAGGUGAAGAAGCGGGUGUCCUUCGCUGACACUCAGGGGCUGGCCCUGACAAUGGUCAAAGUGUUCUCGGAAUUCGAUGACCCACUAGAUAUGCCGUUUAACAUCACCGAGCUCCUAGACAACCUGGUGAGUCUGACGACAGCAGAGAGCGAGAGCUUUGUGUUGGAUUUCCCGCAGCCUUCGGCAGAUUACCUAGACUUCAGAAACCGACUUCAGACCAACCGCGUCUGCCUCGAAAACUGCGUGCUGAAGGACAAAGCCAUCGCAGGCACCGUGAAGGUCCAGAACCUGGCAUUCGAGAAGGUUGUGAAGAUCAGAAUGACGUUUGACACCUGGAAAAGCUUCACAGACUUCCCUUGUCGGUAUGUGAAGGACACGUAUGCUGGUUCAGACAGGGACACGUUCUCCUUUGACAUCAGCUUACCUGAGAAAAUUCAGUCCUACGAAAGAAUAGAGUUUGCUGUCUGCUACGAGUGUAACGGCCAGGCAUACUGGGACAGCAACAAAGGCAAAAAUUACAGGAUCAUCCGGGCUGAACUCCAGGCCACUCAGGGAAUGAUUGAGCCGUACAAUGGACCGGACUUGGGAAUAUCCUUUGACCAGUUUGGAAGCCCCCGGUGUUCCUACGGCCUAUUCCCAGAGUGGCCAAGUUACCUGGGAUAUGAAAAGCUGGGUCCCUACUACUAGUGACAGCAAUUGACAGUCUGACUGACCCAGAUGCAGUAGAGAAGGCAAGACAAGCGUGAAGUUGAACUGCCAUUAGGCAUGGUUUUUGAAAAGAUAGGAUCCUCUUCACCUUUUUUGUAAACCAGCGAGUCCAAACGGUUUUGCAUCAUGGCUGGUUUCUUGCUCAGAGGACAGCAGGUGUGCUGGUCCUCUGUGGCAUCCGGGUUGGCCACAAAAGAAUGCACAGGAUAGUGCCAGGGUGGUCUGGAGAAGAGGAGCCAAGUUGGCAAGAAUGGAGGAAGCAGGCCUCUCCUCCACACUUGCAUGUGGAAAGUCAGUCACCCAGAAGCCACCAGUCUCCAGCCCUCUCCAGCCUUACCAUUGACCUCGGGGUCCCACCCCACCCACGCUUUCCCACAUGUUGCCUUCAUUCCACACGUCCUCGAAGCCACCUUUAUCUCAGCUCUGUGACCCACUGGCCUGAUACCCUGUAGCUUCCGAAGAGCGAUGGAGGCCUCAGCCUCUUUCUAUGAAAGCUCAUGCUCUGCAUUUCCCUUCUCCCACACAGUCCAGCCUGUGGUGAUCCUGACAAGAUCAUUAAAGGCAAACAAGUAGUUUGUGGCUGGGAUAGGCAUUUCCUUCCCCCCUCUUCCUGACCUCUUCUUUAUAUUCCAACAGAGAACAACACACCAGUUACUGGAAAGUCACUGGUCUCCAUGUGGAGUCACAGGGUACACAGCAUGGUGACAUGGUGGGUCACAAGUUUUAGCUUUUGCGUUUUGGGGGUGCUUUCUCAGCACUCAGUUUCACCCCGAAUUACCGGAAGUCUCAAGGACUAGAUCUGUCUUCACUUGCCUGGCUGGUGUGUGAGCUGCUUUAGUUAUAGGAGAAUCCUAGCUCUCUUCUCCUGGACCGUCCGUUUCAGUGCGGCGUCUGAGACUUUCAAACGGCAUGUCUGGCACACCCUGGAAGCCUCCAGAAAAUGCUUAGAUUUGUCUGCAGUGUACAGUCAUAUUUGGGAUGCUUUACAAGCACUCAAGGACAUUGACUGGAAGCUUUUAUUUAUGGUGUGUAUUGUAAAGGAGAGGGGAGAAAAACUUCGAGCUUUUCUAUGUUAUUUUAAAUGUUUGUCAACUCUGAGGUAUCAGAGAUGAAUGUUUUUCUCAACCAUAUUGGACUACAGUGCAUUAUCAAGUGGGGUUUUGAGACUCCUGGUAUUGUUACUGAUGGAUGGUCCCCCAAAACCUGUGAUUUUCUCUUGGGCAAAUUAAAAUUAUAGGGAAGUUUGAAAACUAUUUUUGCAUGCAUAUUUGUAGAACUCUAGGAGUGUUGUUUUGUUUUGGAAGAUUGGUAAAAAAAUGUCUGUUUAAAAGCGAGGUUUCCCUGAGGCAAGAGGGAAAGAGGUAUAGAGCUUCAUGGGAUUUGGCGGGGAGGGGAGGGGCGCUGGACAGGACCCUGUGUCCUCUGGCUUCGUAUGUUGGCAGCAGGCAGGUAUCAAAUGUUUUUGAUCCUAGCAUGUGUGAUUUCUUUUUUAUCUUUUUUUUUUUUUUUUCACUUUUGAAGUCUAAAGUGUUUUGACUUUUUAAGUCCUCUUUUGCCUGGUUUUCUUAACCCUAAAACUGGUACUAGUCUGUAAUCUGUGUUUUGUGUUUUGUGGCCCUCCCAGAUGGGCAGUGCUCUGGGGUUGCGUGCUGAUAUCUGGGCAAAUCAAUGUUCGUAAGUCAGGCUGAAAUUGAGCGGGGUUGUGUGUUAUCUAAGCAUACCAUAUAUCUGCUAGAUGGAUGUACUUUAAAUGUUCCGGUUACAGUGAUUGGAGCUGCUAGAUUUAAAUUGGACGCAAGCAAAACUGAUCUCUUAUGGGUUAUAUGGUUUAUCUCAUGCUAAGAAGUAUUCUUUACCUGAUGCUGUAAGGCAGCCAGCUGCACCGUUACUUACAGAGUGUCCGACUGAAGAAAAGGACCCCCAGUGACUACAGAAUGAAGUCUGUUCAGUGGUGUGGAAUGAUGGUCUUCAGACAUUCCAUGUCAAAAUAUGAAAUAUGGUAAUUCCACAUUGUGUAUCCCUCCUGAAGCAGACAUAACCCCCCCGCCCCUUUUACCCAGAUUUGCCUCAGCUUUCUUGCUAGGGGCACUGGUUGAAAGUCCCCAGCCAGCAUACCUGGAUGUGCACCCCACUGCUCAGCCCAGAGGACAUGUCUUCACCUGUUUGCCAAGACCCUUCCCACCAAAACAGCCCGUGUGCCUGACUUCCCUCACUGAGACUCUGAAGAAUCUUCUGUUUUCUGCCUCCAACACAGUCCUGCUCCUUUUGACCCAGUCUGUCCCAGGACUCUGAGAUAGCCUCAGGAGCUGCAUUGAGAGACUCUGUGCUUUGUUCUUAGUUCAUGAGUGUAGACAGACCUACACAUCUCAGAGGGUGACAGGCCUCUUGCUUGAAGAACCCCCUGCAAGCUUGACCUGGACAUCUGCCUUCACGAAACUCUUGGUUAUGGUGAUGAAUGGACCCUAACCCCAGUGUCCAUUCCCGACACUAUAAUUCAGGAAGAGAAAGCAACUCCGUCUUUGUUUCGUAUUUAUUUCCCCAUAUUCCCUGGGGUGCCUUUCCAAAACGGCUACAAUAAAUAAGCUGAGCUAUAAAAGGUUAUAUGCUAAACAAGUUUUCCAUGUUUCUUGCAAGAAACAUUUGAGUGUUGUAAGAAUUCGUUGUAGGAAAGCUAAUAAGAAAUUGUGGAAGUCUGUAGUUCUCCAGAAACGGAAGCAACUUGAGCCAACGGUUGCAGUUGUUUCAUUCCUGAGAUGUAAGCUGGGUGGCUCAUUGUUCUGGAAAGGUCUUUGCUUACCUGUGUCUCCUGGCAUGAUCACAGAAAUGGGAUAAGAUGUUCCAGAAAUCAUGGGAUAGCACCUAUAAUGGGAUCUUCCAGAGACAAUGUGGCAGCAUUCUUGAAGUGGAGGAUAGGAAGUAAAGGAAUAAUAGUUUCACCUGCUGAAGGCUGUCGGGUAACCCCAGCUCAACCGGCAAAGUCGUGAGUGUUUCCACGGUUUUGCUGCUAGUUCCCAGAGCCCCCUGGGGCACGAGGACUUCUAGACUCUACAUGUGAUAAUGUCACACUUUUGCUUUAAUGUGAAUAUUCAACUGACGACUUGUCAUUAUUGUAUGCCUCAAAGUGCCUUGUCCAAAAACUUCUGCAUGUUUUUAAGAAAUAUUUUUGUACACAAUGGUAGAGGGGGAAUGCACUUUAAAGAUCACAAGAAUGGAUGUUUUUGUGUGUGUGGAAGAGGAUGGUUGGUUUGUA